AUGCAAAGGUGCAAAGCUUCAAGAAAGCGUGGUCGUGACAAACAGAGCAAUGUCACAGACUCAAAGAGUUUGAGGCGUCCUAUGACAGACGGGCCAGAUCUUGACUCCAAAAUUGUUAGCGUGCUCGUUGGCAAGGAGAGGCAACGAUUCUAUGUGCACGAGACUUGCAUUCGGUCAAGCUCCGCAUUCUUCGAGAACGCUCUGAAUGGGAACUCGAUCGAAGCGUCGACUAGAACCGUUCCAUUACCAGUUUCUGAACCCAUCCCCUUUGCCAUAUAUUUCAGAUGGCUUUAUUGUGGGAGGUUUUACAACGUUGAGGCGGAUGAUGUUGGCAAGUCGGACCAAGUGGAUCAGGAUCAACCAGAUGACGAGUGGAGUGAAUGGGAAGACUGCUACAAGCUCGGCGACUUCCUACAGGACAAUGAUUUCAAGGAUGCGUUGAUUGAUCUGGCUAUUGAGAAGAUGUGCUCGGAUAGAGUGCUGGAUAUGACGCUGAUAGAAGUGAUCUACGCCAACUCAGGCGCAUCGUCAUCCCAUCGAAAACUGGCUCUGGAUAUCGCCGCUCUUCUAUGGACCAAUGGAGAUCUCCAGGCUCUUCAUUCCGACAAACCAUACGUACAGUUCCUAAGAGACGCCCUAGCACUUAUCGGCCCAGAUACAAGGAAAAGAUAUAUCCGGAGUCAAGGGAUCAAGCGAUUCCUCAACUCUAAGGAUCUGUGCGAAUACCAUGAUCAUAACGCCCGAAACGCGUUGUGCUACAAGGAGAAGCACAAGUAA